CACUCGCUCCUCUCAGGACUUUCGGGUCCGGGUCGUGGAUCGCGGCUGUGCACGGUUUUGAGGAGGUGAAGAUGCGUGCGCACGGGGCCGCGGGAGUCGCGAUGGUGAUGAUGGUGGUGACGAUGAUGAUGAUGAUGGUGGCUUCUGUGGUGUCAGAGCUGGCGACGCUGGUGCAGGAGCCGGUUAAAUCCGAGUCGACCCUGCUGAAGCCAAAGGUUAUGAUCGCCAUCGUGGCUCGGAACGCGGCGCACAGCCUGCCCCACUACCUGGGCUGCGUGGACCGGCUGGAGUACCCGAAGGAGCGCAUAGCCAUCUGGGCAGCGACUGAUCACAAUGUGGACAACACCACAGCCAUGCUACGAGAGUGGCUGAAAAGAGCCCAACAUACUUAUCACUACGUGGAGUGGAGGCCCAUGGAGGAACCCAGGUCUUAUACUGAUGAAUGGGGUCCGAAGCACUGGCCUCCCUCCAGGUUCAACCAUGUGAUGAAGCUGAGACAGGCGGCUUUAAAAGCUGCCAGGGAACGGUGGGCCGACUACAUCCUGUUCGUAGACAGCGACAACCUGUUGACAAACCCUCGUGUGCUGAACCUGCUGAUGGCAGAGAACCUGACUGUAGUUGCUCCUAUGUUGGAGUCCCGGUCUCUGUACUCCAACUUCUGGUGUGGCAUCACCCCACAGGGUUAUUAUAAACGAACCCCAGACUACCAACCUAUAAGGGAAUGGAAACGGCUGGGCUGCUUCCCUGUUCCCAUGGUUCACAGCACCUUCCUGGUGGACCUGCGACGGGAGUCCAGCAGGGAUUUGGCGUUCUACCCCCCUCACCCAGACUACAGCUGGGCGUUUGAUGACAUCAUGGUGUUUGCCUUCUCGGCACGUCAAGCCGGUGUGCAGAUGUAUGUGUGUAACCGAGAACACUAUGGUUUCCUGCCUGUUCCUCUAAAGGCGCAGCAAAGUGUCGAAGACGAAAGCGAGAGCUUCAUUCAUACCAUCACAGAGGCUCUGAUCGACCACGACAUUGAUCCCUCUGAGUACCUGUACUCUCCACCGUUAUUGCAGGACAAGAUCGGCUUUGAUGAAAUCUUCCUGAUAAACCUGAAGCGUCGGCUGGACAGAAGAACCAGGAUGUUAAAAUCAAUGGCGUCUCUGGGUCUGUACGCCACGCUGAUAGACGCAGUGGACGGCAAGGCUCUGAAUACGUCUCAGUUACAGGCUCUGGGAAUAGAAAUGAUGCCUGGCUAUAAGGACCCUUACUCCGGUCGAGUCCUGACCAGAGGGGAGAUCGGCUGCUUCCUGAGUCAUCACUCAAUAUGGACACAGGUGAUAGAACGUGGCCUCCAGAAGGUUCUUCUGUUAGAGGAUGAUGUGAGGUUUGAGCCCAGGUUUAAGCGGCGGCUCCAGGCCAUAAUGUCUGACGUAGACAAAGCCCAGCUGGACUGGGACCUCAUUUAUGUGGGACGUAAACGUAUGCAGGUGCAGAAGCCGGAGCAGUCUGUAAACGGCGUAAACAACCUGGUCGAAGCCGACUACUCCUAUUGGACGCUCGGCUACGCGCUGUCGCAACAAGGAGCCAGGAAGUUACUCGCCGCUCAGCCUUUCUCGAGGAUGCUGCCCGUCGACGAGUUCCUGCCUGUCAUGUUCAACAAACACCCCAAUGUCGACUACAUGCGUCACUUCGAGCCUCGGGACCUGAAGGCCUUCUCUGUGGAACCACUGCUCAUCUACCCCACCCAUUACACAGGAGAACCGGGCUACAUAAGUGACACAGAGACCUCCACCAUCUGGGACGACGACGCCGUGGCCACAGACUGGGACCGGCAGCACGCCCGCAAAACGGCGCAGCAAGGACGCAUCCGACCCGUGGCACAAAACAGCGUCACCGGAGACUCACCGCCUCCAGCUGCUCGCGCUACUCGGGAUGAACUCUGAUACAAAGAUCUGAGACUUGGGAGAAAAAAAAGACUUAUGUUUACGAAUAUACAGUGUGCAGUUCGUGUGUACACUCACUUGAAAAGACACUUGAACUACAAGCUCACAAACUGUACAUGCAUUUACACAUAUAUACACACACUCACAGGCAUAUGAAUGGAUGAAAGCACGACUGAGAUCUCAUCACUCUCAUCUGCUGCCUGAUGAGGGGACACUGAGGAGAGAGGAAGACCAGAAUCUGGGACGAGGGCCAGCAGGCAUUUGACUAAAGCUUUAUUUAUUCCCUGUGUGCCUCCUCUGGGCAUGUGGAGACAGUUAAGGCCUGAAAAAAUACAUGGUUGCAAAGAAAAAACACAUUCUCAGAAAUCAUUUUUAUAUUGUUCAAAAAGAUUAUUGUUAUUUAAAAAGAGCAUAUGUGUUUUUCUAAUGGACAGCGUAGGAAUAAAGGAGUCAUGAAGCGGUCUGAAAUAACUGUGCAUGUGUAACUGUGUGGAAGUGGUGAUGUGUGCAUGGAGACUUGAACAUCUGCAGGGUUUCUGGAUCUGAUCACAUAUAGGACCCCAGAGUAUCAGUACUUCAGAUGGUGUCAUAAGUACAUCCAGUACUUGUCUUUUUUGCCAAGCAGCUGGGCAGUCACAGAUGUUAAUACACACAGUAUAUAUAUAUAUAUGUCAUUGCAGGUAUUGCAUUUGCACAGCGGGCUGGUCCUGCUAGGUAGAAGUACAAGCACCAGACAUGCAUUACCCUUAUGCCUCUGGAAACUUUAUCACACAUUACACUCAAAACUGUGUAAUUUACUGUCUUGUCUGUAUGUAGGCCUAUGUUAAAAAUAAAUAAAUAAAUAAAUAAAAAAAUUACAAAUUAAGCUUCAAACCAAAUUCAAAAAAAAAAUUUUUUUUCAUGAAUUUUACAAAGUCAGUGUGGUGAAACUUAAUUAAUUACAUAAUUCAUUCCACAGACCAGUCUGGAAAGAAAUCCAUUGCUCCACCACAUGAACUAGCAACCGUUAGCUACUAGCUGCUAGCCAAAUAUAGAUAACCUACCUAAAUAUGUGCCUAAAUUUUCAUAAACUCUAUGCUGUCACAUAUGAAUUGAGUGUGGUGAAAUUUAGAUUUAUUAUAUAAUUAAUUCCACAAACCAGUCUGGAAAGAGAUCCAUUGUUCCACCACAUUAAAUAGAAACUUUUAGCUUCUAGCUGCUAGCCGAAUUAUGAACUUUAUGCUAUUGGGUGUGAAUUGUGUGUGGUUGUUAGCGUGUUAUCUUCUGUUGUCACACCACAUCAACUAGCUAUGGUUAGCUAGCCACUAGCUAAAUGCAGAAAAAUACAGAUAGCUAAAUAUUUGUUUUAAUUCUUAGAAACCGUAUACUAUUGGAUGUUAAUUGAAUGUGGUGAAACUUAAAUUUAUUUCAUUAUUAUUUCUACAAACCAAUUAUUAAAAAUAUCUUUUUUUCACCACAAUAACUAGUAAACAUUAGCUACUAGCUCCUAGCUAAAUAUGGAAAAUAUAGCUAAAUAUGAAAAUUCAUUAAGCUGCCAUGAGGUAUAAGUGGUUCAGAAAAUGAAUGAAUGGAUAGAUGUUAAACUACACCGACUUAUUAGUGUAUUAUUAUACUAUUUCAAAGAUUAUCUAAGUAGUAAACACUUUUAGCUCAAAUGCUGGCGAUGCUAAGGUUGCUAGCUAAUGAUUCAAAACAUGAUCUACCACAUCUUAGUUUGAGAAAUAGUCUAAACUGCUAUUAUGUUUCUUUAAUAAGACAGUCACCUCAUGCAUUUUACUAUUUCAAGCCAAAUUUCCAGAGGCGUUAAGGUGUAAGGAUGUCGGGUGUUGCAGUUUCAUCUGCUUCACACACACAUUGGUGAUAAAUAGUUUAGGGGAAAAACUGGAUUCAUUCUCUCUAUCGUCAACACAUUCAUUCUUCAUAGCUGUAUGUCCAGGCUGAUUUUGAUUUGUUGUGGUGUUGGGUUGAACCAAUAAAGCAACUUCUUUAUUUCUGUGUUAAUGUACUGUACCAUGAAGUGGCACACAU